CCCCCCCCCCCCAACAUCAACCAUCAUGAGGGUCUCCAUUACCGCCCUCGCGGCGGGUCUCUUCCUCGCCCCCUACGCCGCCGCCUUCGGGCGCGGCACGGCCAUAGACAUCGGUCCGGACGACAACACCGUCUCCGCAGCGGACCUCCAGAAGCGGGCCGAGACCGUCAACGGCUGGGGCACCUUCGACCAGCUGAUCGACCACGGGGACCCGGAGCUCGGCACCUUCAAGCAGCGCUACUGGUACAGCACCGAAUUCUGGAAGGGCCCCGGCUCGCCCGUCUACCUGACCACGCCGGGCGAGCAGACGGGCGACCUCUUCAACCUCACCUGGCUGGGCAGCGCGCGCCUGCCGGGCCUGAUGGCCAACCAGACCGGCGGCGCCGUCCUCAUCCUCGAGCACCGCUACUGGGGCCGCUCGUCCCCCUACGACAACCUGACGGUCGAGAACCUGCAGCAUCUCACCCUCGACAACUCCCUCAAGGACCUAACCUACUUUGCCAAGACCUUCGUCCCGCCGUUUGACGACUCCGGCGAGAGCUCCGCCGCCAAGGCCCCGUGGGUGUUUGCCGGCGGCUCGUAUGCCGGCGCCCUGGCCGGGUGGCUCGCUGCGCUGGAGCCGGGCACGUUCUGGGCUUAUUACAGCUCUAGUGGUGUCGUGGAGGCCGUGGGGGAUUUCUGGGAGUAUUUCGCGCCCGCGCAGGAGGCGACGCCCAAGAACUGCAGUGCUGAUGUGAAUGCGGUGAUCAAUUAUGUGGAUUUGGUGUUGAGCUUUGGGUCGAAGAAGCGGAAGCAGGCGUUGAAGGACAAGUUCCUGCUCGGGGACCUGGAAGAUCAAGACUUUGCUUCUGCGCUCGAAACGGGCCCGUGGCAGUGGCAGUCGACCCAGUUCUACUCGGUAGACGUCCAGGGUUACACGCCGUACUACCGCUUCUGCGACUUUGUCGAGAACGUCUGGCCCAACUCGACCAACAAGGUUCCCGGCGCGCGGGGUGUCGGCUUGACAAAGGCUCUAGAGGGCUACGCCAAAUUCGUAAGGGAGGAGGUCAUUCCCGGCUACUGCGAGAAUUCCGGUUACCCCGAAUGGGAGGGCGAGCUCAAUACCGGCUGCUUCCAAAACUCCAACCCCUCCAACCCCGCCUACAAGGACUUGAGCCCCGACAACUGGGUCAACCGUCAAUGGAACUGGAUGCUCUGCAACGAGCCCUUCGAAUGGUGGCAAAACGGCGCCCCACUCACCGAGCAGCGAACGCUCGUCUCGCGCCUCGUCAACUCGGAGUACUGGCACAGCCAGUGCCCGCUGCACUUCCCCGAGGGCGGCUACGGCAUUGCGGCGGGCAAGCGGGCCCGGGACGUCAACCGCUGGACGGGCGGCUGGGACGUCACCAACACCACGCGCGCCAUGCACACCAACGGGCAGCUCGACCCCUGGCGCGACGCCACCCUCUCCAGUGCGUCGCGCCCCGGCGGGCCGCUCGAGUCGACCAAGCAGCUGCCUGUGAGGGUGGUGAAGGGGGGCGUGCAUUGCUCGGAUUUGUAUGGCCCGAAUUGGGAGUUGAAUGAGGAUGUGAGGAAGCUGGUGCUGGAUGCGGCGGCUGAGAUGAAGGGGUGGGUGGGCGAGUGGUAUGAGGAGAAGGGGGUGGAGAAGCCGUGGGCGGUUUGA